AUUCGUGACAAGCGACCGUUCCGCCAUCCCUCCUACCCACCGCAUCCCACCAAUCUGUACCCCCCACAAUCAGUCUUUCGACCCGCAUCUCCCUCCCCGUCCCUGCUGCCCCCUGAACAGUCGCAGCCGAAUCGUUGCUUGGUGGGCAAGACAUGGACGAUCCAGCAGAGAUUGCAGCUCUGGCUGUCGAGUACUUGCAAUCGUUGGACAAUCUGCCUCAAGAAGUGACGCAUCGCAUCAAGGAGAUUCAACACAAGGAUGCCAAGUUGCAAGAACUCUUGCCAAAGAUUGCGUCGCGCGAAGCCAACUUGCGCGAACUCCUUUUGCGGUCCGGCGGUGCAAGAAGCAGCAGCAGCGGCAGCGGCAGCGGCACGGGUAGCAGCGGCAGCGGAAGCGGAAGCGGCAGCGCGCCCGGCACGGGACCUUUGAGCGAACCCGACUCUCUCAAAGCCGAGAAGUUGGCAGAGCGCAUCCGAUCGGAUUACAAGAGGGCAGAUGAUUGGUCGGAAUCCAAAGCUGCUCUUUCCUUGGCAUUAUGGCGCAGCGUGGAUGGGCAUCUCAAAAGGCUCAACGAGGAACUGCACAAGGUCAAUUCGGAUCUUGUCAAGAGCACAAUGGCGAGCAUGGGAUUGGCUGCAAGUGCGGAGAAUGCGACGCUGGGUCUGUCUUCCUUGGGCGGCUUGGCCAAUGGUGGCAAUCUAGCAGACAUCGCUGCUGCUGCUGCGGCGGCGGCGGCGGCAGCAGCUGCAGCAACUCCUGGAGCUAGCACAAGUCGGCACGCUUCACCGUUUGCGGGCGCAUCAUCGAUGCUGAUGGGUAAAAAGGAUAUCACUCUGACAGCUGCUGCAAGCGGUACGAGCGGUCGAUCAUCGAUGGGUGGUGGAGGCCUAUCAAGCUUGGCACGUCUCGGUACACCAUCCACUCCUUCCGCCGGCGACAAGUCGCUCCUCUCCUCCUCCAAUCUGGCCAUCGGAGCAGCAGCAGGCGGCUCGCUAUCCAGGAAGAAUGUGGGAAGACCCAAAAAGUUGGAAGGUGGUACGGAGACGGAUGCAAUGGGACGCAAAACUACGGGCACCAUCAGUAAUAAACAUGCCAACUCUCUCGGCUCCGCUCUGUCGGACGGCCUCUCGGGCUUAUCCACCGCAGAGGAUAUGGAGAAGGAUGGAGAGCUGUACUGUACUUGUCAGAGACCCAGUUUUGGGGAAAUGAUCGGUUGCGACAGCGACGAUUGUCCGAUCGGCUGGUUCCAUCUGGAGUGCGUACCGGGCUUGGAGAAACCUUUGCCUGCUACGUGGUACUGCUCACAGUGCACUGCGCGCAUGGAGGUGGAAAGGAAGGAAGCGGCUGCUGCUCAAGCGGCAGCUGCGGAGUUGAAGAGGGAACAAUCGGUCAAGGACAAGGAAGGAAUGAGCAACAAGAACAAGAAGCGAAAAAAGUGAAUGCGAAGGGGGGAGCGGGAGCGGAGGCGAGGGGGGGCAGGUGUGUGGACGUCCGCGCAGAGAUUCGCACGCUUUUGGAAAAGAGGUUCUCUUGCCCUCCCUUGCCAUAACCUCUUGCACCUGUGCUUCUUCUGGCUUCCUUCUUCUUCUUCUCCCACCCUUUGCCUUUCCCCGUUUUUUCAACGUUGAACCGAGCAUAUUCUCGAAAGCUGUCGAAAGGUUACACUUCGUACAUGUAUCAUAUCCCGUCCCACAUAACAAAGUAUUCAACUUUCC